GUGUUUUUUAAACUCCAUGUGUGAGCCAAUAGAAUUGCUCUGUCUUGUUAGUAACUGGUUGCUAAGGUGGCCUGUGUACACACCAGUCACAGAAAGAUAUUUUACAUUUACAAGGAAUUAUUUAUUUCUUAGAUAUGGCAAGGCUAAUCACAGCCCCAACACGCUUUACACAUGAAGACUGGACACGAUCAAACCUGACCAAGUAUGCUAAUGCUGAUGUGGAGAGGCAGCAAGCAGAACGUCUCAUUAAGGAGUCAGAUAGACUCAAAGAUGAGACAGCAAAAAAAACUGAGAAAACCCAGCGCGAUGUCAACAAAAAAUUAGAACAGCGAUUGGCAGAUAUUCGUUACUGGAAAAAGGAGCUUGACGAUAAACUUGAUGGACUAGUUAAAGAAAUUGAAAACUUAGUGGCUUUUAAGCAGAGGGUUGAUAAAGCUCUUCAAGCAACUGAGGAACCUUUGCAUAUAGCCAGAAUGUGUCUUGCCAAUAGAGAAAAGCGUGUUGGUAUUGACCUAGUCCAUGAUGAUGUACAAAAGGAAUUGUUAAAAGAAAUUGAAACAAUUGAAGGUGUUCAAAGUCUGCUGAAGAGAACCCUGGAACAAGCCACAGAGCAACUCAGAUUAAAUCGUAAAGCUAAAUAUCAGCUGGAGAAAGAUUUAAAAGACAAAUUUGGGGCACAAACUAUAGAUGAAUAUUGUGAGAACCUUCGCAAUAAUUCUCAACAAAUUCAUUUCAAUGAUUCUGUUGCUGUUAUUGAGCCAAAUUCUGUAGCUCCUGAGCAGUGGGUUGACUUCUCCAAUGAUAACAUCAACUAUGCUGAGAGGGAAAGGAUGAAUUCUGUUGACUUGAGGUCUAGCAUUGAUGGACUCUUACAGCAGACAAGCAAUGACAUGCUCAAACAGGUGGACAAUACUAAUGUGGCAUUUGCCAAUAGAAUCUGGGAGUGCAAAGAUGCUAAAGGCAAGCUGGAAGAUAACCUUAACAAGGUUAUUUCACAAAUUAAAGAGCAAGAAGAAAACAUUGCAACACUUGAGAUGGCUAUCAAAGCAAAGGAAGCUCCAAUGAAAGUAGCACAAACACGACUGGAGACCAGGCAACACAGACCUAAUGUUGAGCUGUGUCGGGAUGCAGCACAGUACAAGCUGAUUGAGGAAGUCCAUGAGAUCAGCGACUCUGUGGCACAGCUGCAGGCACGACUGCGUGAUGCCAACAGCUCCCUCAAGGGUCUUGUCCGAAACCAGCUGGAGCUUGAGGAAGACAUUGCAAUUAAGGCUAACACUCUGUUCAUUGAUGAAGUGGAGUGUAUGGGCAUGAGAAAAAGUAUCAACAUUCAGACCUUUUAAAGGGCUUGUUUGAGUACUUGUGACUGGUAAUGUUAACAUUCAAAACAUGCCUGCAACAUACUAAUCUAUGAUUAUCAAUAUUAGUUUGCAAUAAAUCUGCUCUAAACCAAAUUGUUGCCAUACAAAAAAAAAAUAGCUAUUAAAUAAAAAAAAAACCUGAAGUUCCUCAGUUGAAAUAUUUCAAGAAAAUGCUACAGUAUUGUAUAGUUCUUUUAAAAUUUAUAAUUAAAUUCAUAACCUAUAUAGAACAAGAAACAAUGAAAUGUACAAAUAAAUUGUACAAAUGUUUAGUUCAAGUAAAGAUUAAGCUUUGUACAGCUUUUUUUAUUUUUUAGAAUAGAAUGGUUUCUAUUAGAAAUAAUAACAAAUGUUUAAAAGGAUUAUUUCUCUUAUGUAAAGAUCAAUGUUUUGGUUGCAUGUAAUACAUGCAAAUGUCAUCACAUCACAUACAGAAUUGUAUGAUUCUAUAUUUUGCUUUCACUAUUAGUUCACUUAUUCCUUUAAAUUAAAAGAGAAAAUAGAAAGAAAAUAGGUCCAUUAUAUUCUAAUUGUUGUAAAAAAAACAACAAACAAAACAAAUUUUGUUGAUAUAUACAGAAAUAAAAGAUAUAGUAAUGUUUGAUUUUGUUUGAACUUGUUUAUCAUGUCAUUUUGAUGUUCUUCAAACUGACCUCCAUGCUAGGUUACUAUUGGUUAUAUUUCAGCUCACUUCUGUGAUAAUAACUGUGAAUGAAUUUAAAAAAGAAUAUAUAACUAUCUUUUUUUUCUUUUGCAAGAUUAAUGUUUUUGUUUUUUUCAGUUGUUAUAAUAUUGUUUAAUUGUAAAUUGUACAGUUGCUAUAUCAUUCAAAACAUUUUUUGUUUAUAUUAAUUUCUUUUUAAAAGUUGUUAUUAUAUUGCGUUAUCUUUUUCAUACAUAUUUAAAUUAUCAAAGUUUUAGGUGCCCAUAUGUAGGCUUGAAUAAUUUUUUAAACAAAAAAGAAAAUUAUUUUGAAAAUUUACAAUAGACAAGCCAAUAUAAAAAUUAUUUUGAAACUUUUUACACUAAAGUAUCUUGUUUUCUGAUGCUCUUUAAUCUAGUUGCUUGUUAAAUUGACUAAAUCUUCUUUUCUAAUAAUAAAUAAACUAUGGAGAAUUUUGAAAACCAACAUUAACUUUUCAGUCUAAUUAAAAUGCUAUUCAUCACUAGUGGUUUCCAUACUUUUAUAUGGUUGCUAAAGCUGGUGAUUCAACUGGAAGUGCUCCAAAAAAUUGUGAGUAGAAAAACUUAAAACUUGCAGCAAGUCCAUAAUUAGGCAAUCAAAGAAAAAGGUGUAUAGAUGGAUCAGAGCAGUGAUGGGUAAACUAGGGCCCAUGGGCCAACUCUGCUCCUCCUCAUUUUUUGUAAUAAUAGUCUAAAAUAACAAUUCCACUCACAAUGUAAAAAGUUUUUAUUACAAGUUGAAACACUGAAGUAAUAAUAUUCUGAAAUUUAGCUUCUAAAUAUGUUCACCUCUGGUUGUGUAGGCUGAAUCAAAAUGUAUCUACACAAGUGCAGGGAACAAAGUUUCGGGGUACAUUAAAUGGUAUUUAAACAAGCGA